CAAGCACGCACCCAAUUUCUCAACCUCAACGUCAACCUCAACGCCACCAUACAUGAUUCCGUUUCCUUCAAUUUCGCAGUUCCGACACAUCGUUGCGGCGGUCACCGAGCACGCACAGUAUGUCGGCCGCGACCCUGCGACAGACCACGCGAUUUUCGAUACGACGCGGCCGUUGCCAACGCUCACGUUCACCGGCACGGUCAAGCUCCACGGCUCCAAUACAGCUGUGGUCUUUGCAGGCGAUCGCCCGAUGCAAUUUCAGUCGCGAUCGCGGGCCCUCUCGGUCACGUCGGAUUACGCUGGUUUCGCCGCCGCCAUGACGUCGCACGCCAGCGCGCUGCGCAAGCUCCACGCGGCCAUUUGUAAUGUCGCGCAGUGUGCGCAUGAUGUGCCGAUUGCACUCUACGGCGAGUGGUGUGGCGGCAGCAUCCAAGGCGGCGUCGCGCUCGCGCAGCUCUCCAAAAUGUUUGUGUACUUUGCCGUCAACGUCGACGGGCGCUGGCUGGACAUGCGCUUGCUCUGUGGGAUCGACGAGCCCGGCGCUAAGAUCUAUCACGUUAUGCGCUUUGGCACGUACUCAAUCGAGAUUCCGUUCGACGCGCCGGACGUGGCGCAGGCGCAGCUGGACGCGUGGACCGCCGACGUGGAAGCUGAGUGCCCCGCCGCCAAGGCCUUUGGCGUCUCGGGCACGGGCGAAGGUAUCGUGUGGGUGUGCACGUCGCCAGGCUACGCGUUCAACUCUCGGUUUUGGUUCAAGACAAAAGGCGACAAGCAUGCGCUCACGUCGUCGUCGUUGUCGAGCGGAGGUCGCCGGCGGACACCGGCGACGUCGAUCGCACCGGUCGUCGUUGCCACUGUCGAAGCGUUUGUGCAAGAGUACGUCUCGGAAAAUCGGUUGCGCCAGGGCCUGCAUGUGUUGGCCGAACGCGGUCUGGAGGUGAGCAUCAAGCACACGGGUGUGUUUGUGCAGUGGGUCAUUCGCGAUAUCGAAAAGGAAGAAGCCGACACACUGGCGGCGAAUGCGUCGACGCUCCGUCGACCGCUCGUCCAGAAGUCGAUUGCAACGGCGGCGCGGUCGUGGUAUCUCGCGCGCUUGCAAACCUAACCUCGUCCACAGAUCGAAAGAUAAUAGAGAACGUUGGACUCGUCCCUUACGUCAUGUCUCAUAUUGAACAAUGAACUCCUUUUUCCUUGCUUG